CUUCGUCUUGAGACUACCUAGGCACCAAGAUAAUUGCCUACUAGGUAGAUGCCUAACAGUUAGUAAGAUAUGCCAUGUCUCAUUUCAGCGUCCCCAGGACUUGAACGAUUAUCAUCCCUCAUCCCCUACUAGGCAGGUACGCAUCAGCUUCUCUAAUAUUCGAGAUCAGCCACAGUUGCUUUGUCCACGGAAAAAGAACUAAGCAUCGCAUAUUAAAGUCGAAACAGUCGAUAUUCCACGAGAGUCGAUUGCCUAUGGCGCUUGCUGAGAUAUUUGACUUGGAACGGUACAGGCCAGCGUGUGUCCUGUGAGUAUCACCACGCGCCUUUCUUAUGGGACAACAAGAUUCGAGCAGCCUAAACGACACGUACAAUGGCAUGUUUGAUGAUGAUCAGGCAAUCAUUCUCUCCUUUGUAGAGACCACUCUCUAUAUUGGCCAAGCUAUGCGUAUAUAGUUGCUAGCUCAAUAUGUUGGAAUAUUCAACCACAUAUGUACCUCCGCAAAACCAACUAUUCGGAACGUACAAUAUUUCGUAACGAAAGAAGCUUGGCACAUAUCGCAAAAUUGUUGCCUCAUAGUCAUUGUUAUUCGGUUGUAAACACCAGGAAGCAUGUCGGAUCAUGUGACUGGGAAGAUCCUUUGCGCGCCUAAGCACGGGACAGAAGAUGAUGCAUGCCGUUUUGUGCAUCUGGAUUCAUAUCAAGGGCCGACCGAUCAGGAUUUGCCCAAUAUCAGAGGGCUGACCAACCUACAACUUCGCCACAACGAGUUGUUGAGCGGCGAUGUUAUUGAAAGGGCCCUGGCAGGCUACCACCGUGGACUCCCAGAAAAGGUUCAGCAGAGGGUUCACCUAGGAAGUACUUCUAUCGCAGGACUAUUCACAACCCAUGAGAGCGAUAAUUACAGAAGCGCACUUGCUGCCAGUUAUAAAUCCUUCUUUGCAGCCUUUAGUAAUAACGAAAUCUCUUUAUGGCCAAUCAAUUGGGAAGACAGACAUUGGAUAUUGUUAGUCAUACUAAAGAGGGACGUAAAUCCCGGUGGUCAGAUAGAGUCUCCGGCGAGUAGGAUACAGCGGAGAAAUAGAAAAUGGACCAGCAUCGUUCAAGUUGGCCUGUGCGACUCUUAUAGUCUUCAGCCUGAUGCAAGUCAGAGCUCUGGUAUAAUCUUUGCCAGGUUGGAGAGAAUAUUCGAGGUGUACGGCUUUGUGUUUGCACAAAAUUAUCGACGUAAGAUAUGGGUGCCCUAUCAAACCGACAGUUGGAGUUGCGGCCUUCGGGUGUACUCGGCAGCGAAACAGAUGAUGGACCGACUCGUAAAUGUGGUGGCGAGGACCCCCGAUGCUGGGGCCAAUUUUUGGCGACCGACGCUUGGGUGGUUUAACCCAGACUCUGUGCGGUCAGAGAUGAUCAACUUGAACAUUUCUGAGGCUAUUUUGGAACUGAAUUACCAGGCACGACAUUCGAUUGAGCUAAUCAAUACUGUUAAAGAUGACAAUGGCAUCCAGGUCGACGCGGGAGUGCUUAUGCGACCGCCUAGAGACACCAAGUAUGAGGUAGAUUUUCCUCCAGCUAGAGAAGAAAAUCCCCAGGAUGAGCAGGACGCCCAAACGACCGACGAACUUGUUGACGUGUCUUGUAGAAACCCCCAAAAAUUGCAAGCAGCUCGUGAAAACCCCGUGGGAGAUACCAGCGGAGUACGGCGACGAGAUCAGACUGGUAACAAACGAAGACGCCCUCAUGAUGCUCAGGCGGCUCUGAAAGAUAACGGUGAGAAGAUUCCCCAGGACACAGACGAGAAGCCAAACAAGAGAAAAAAGAUCGACGGUGAAGAAACCUCCGCAAAUAAGCCGGAAGUACAGCCAAUACCGGUUUCCCGGGAUCCUCCUUCUUCUUCAACGCCCGGAAAUACAGUCGCACAACGAAUGGAACAACGAAUGGAGAGAUUACGACGACUGAUGAGUGAGGUGCAAAGUUCGGAUUCUUCAGCAACUUCACGCGUAACGGGCACUUCUUCGUCUGCGGCCGAAACUACAACUAAUAAACGAACACCAGGGUGGCGAAAAGAUCACUUCAGAAACAAGAUUUUGGCAGCGUCGGGACCGCCAGCAAGUGUGCCGGAUCCUCCUUCUUCACCUACGCCUAGAAAACCUUUGCUAGUGCCCGGAGAUCCAACUUUUCAGCGCCCACCAGCCAAGUGCGCGAAAUGCCUUUUCUACGCCUGCGCCUGCGCCUGUAAGCUUUCCACCGAGACCAAGCCGGCCAAGCAGGGACGGAACUACAAGCGCUCCCAAACCUCAGAGACCAAGCCAGCUAAACAGGGACGGAACUACAAGCGCUCCCAAACCUCAGAGACCAAGCCAGCUAAACAGGGACGGAGCUAUAAGCAAUCCUAA